UGAGCGAGUAUACAGUACUCAAAUUACCAUAUAGCAACUAGCAAGACCUUUCUCAGUUCAAUACAAUCAAAACUUAUCUACCCACCCAAACUCUGCAAUCAUGGUUCUCGAGGCUACUAUGAUAUGCGUCGACAAUUCAGAAUGGAUGCGAAACGGUGAUUACUCCCCUUCUCGAUUCCAAGCUCAAGCCGAUGCUAUCAAUCUCAUCUGUGGUGCCAAAACCCAGGCCAAUCCGGAAAACACAGUUGGGGUGUUGACAAUGGCGGGCAAAGGGGUUCGUGUAUUGGCUACACCCACUUCUGAUCUUGGCAGAAUUUUGGCUUGCAUGCACGGUCUUGAAAUGGGGGGAGAGAUGAACAUAGCAUCCGCAAUCCAGGUAGCUCAGUUGGCUCUUAAGCACCGGCAAAACAAAAACCAACAGCAACGGAUCAUAGUUUUUGCUGGAAGUCCUGUCAAAUUUGAAAAGAAGGUAUUGGAAAUGAUAGGGAAGAAAUUGAAGAAGAACAGUGUUGCUCUUGAUAUUGUUGAUUUUGGCGAAGAAGAUGAUGGAAAGCCAGAGAAGCUGGAGGCCCUUCUUUCUGCUGUUAACAAUAACGAUAGUAGUCAUUUAGUACAUGUCCCUCCUGGUCCAGAUGCUCUCUCUGAUGUUCUUAUAAGUACACCUGUAUUCACUGGUGAUGGAGAAGGAGGAAGUGGCUUUGCAGUGGCAGCUGCAGCAGCUACUGCUGCUGCAAUUGGUGGUUCUUCCGGCUAUGAUUUUGACGUAGACCCUAAUAUAGAUCCUGAGCUUGCUCUUGCUCUUAGAGUUUCUAUGGAAGAGGAAAGGGCAAGGCAAGAAGCUGCUGCCAAAAGAUCGGCUGACGAAGCUAGUAGUAGACAAGGAGAGGAACCGCCAUCCAAAUCAGAGGAUGUAACCAUGACAGAAAGUGGUGAUGUUUCAGUUGUCAAUGAGGAUAAGAAACCUACUGAUGAUAAGGUUGACGAGAAUGACUUGCUAAAGCAGGCUCUUGCAAUGUCAAUGAAUAUGUCUGGAUCCGGUAAUUCAGCAGGUGAUGCUGAAAUGUCAGAGGCAACUAGUGCAGAUCAGGAGUUGGCUCUAGCUCUUCAAAUGUCCAUGCAGGAAAGUGCAGGAGAGCCAUCAUCCCAAUCAGAUAUGAGCAAGGUGUUGGAGGACCAGUCUUUUCUUUCAUCUAUCCUUGAAUCUCUUCCAGGAGUUGACCCCAAUGAUCCUUCAGUGAAAGAGCUUCUUGCAUCUCUGAAGAAUCAGUCCCAAGAAAAGGAUGAAGAGGGUCCAUCAAAGGAGGACAAAUGAAGAUGUGACACCUUGUGUGCUUAAGCCUUGAUUGAUUUACUUAGAAACAUUUGGUUAUUCCGUUGCUGACCAAAGAGCUAUCUUUGAAAGGUCUCCUAUUAUUGUGGGAAGAUAUACAAGAACAGAUGCACAAUAGGAUUUUUAGAGACUAUUACAAGUUAAUGAAAUUAUGCUGCAUUCCUACGCAUGUUGCAUGGAAUGUAAGCAAUGGCAUGAACUCUGCCAAACUUCGUGUCAUGUUUAUGGUUAUUUUAUUAAGAAAAAGGUCAUGUUCUCUCCUCUAA